GCUGCUCCGUCAGUUGGGCCGCCCGCCUUGCUUCGUCUCGGGGGAAGCCGCCUCGCCGCGGCGUCGGCGCAAGCAAGCGAGCACGGCGGCGGCUAGGGUUUCGCGGCUUCGCCGAGGUGGUGACAGCAGGCAGCCCGCCGCGCGCUCGCCAGGUGUUCGACGGAAGUCGGGGCCGCCCCGGGACCGGCCGGCCGAUGCCGAGCGGCGGGAGGCGGCUGCCGCCGUGGACGUCGCCGAGAAGCGCGGGGGCGGGGGCGCCGAGGUGGAGCCCCGCUGCUGGCGCCCCCGCGGGCGCGGGCGGCCCGGGAUCGGGCUACGGGACGCCGCCCGUGAGCGGGGGAGGCUGCUUCAGUACGCGCGUCACGCCGCCGACGAGCGGGGAAGGGGGCGCGGGCGGGGGCGCGCGCGUGACUCCGCCGUCGGCUGGGGGGUGCUCGUCGCGGCCGCCGAGGCCGCCGCCUUCCCUGGACUCGCCCUACGUGCGGGCCAAGCAGGCGCAGGUAAUUGAAAAGGAUCCAAACAAGGCAGUUCCGUUGUUCUGGGCAGCUAUAAACAGUGGUGACCGGAUUGAGAGUGCAUUGAAAGAUAUGGCCAACGUACUGAAACAAGCAAAUAGGGCUGAAGAAGCCAUUGAGGCAAUUAGAUCCUUUCGUGAUCGUUGCCCCUAUGAAGCUCAGGAAUCCCUUGACAAUAUUCUUCUUGACCUGUACAAGAAAUGUGGUAGGACAGAAGAGCAGAUUGAGAUGUUGACGAUAAAGCUGAGAAUUGUUGAUGAGGAGCUAGCUUCUGGCCGGUGGAAAACAAAACAGUCUAAAUCUCAUGGAAGGGUAGUAUACCUCUCUCUCAGAGAUGAAAAAGCAAGGUUAUUGGGGAACCUUGCAUGGGCCUAUAUGCAGUCUGAAAAUUACGAGGAAGCAGAAAUGCUCUACAGGCAAGCUCUUGCUGUAGAAGCUGACUACAACAAAGAGUGUAACUUAGCCAUCUGUUUGAUGAAGACUGGAAAGUGGGCUGAAGCUAAAUACCUGCUCCAAGCUAUACCAUACAACUGCGACAAUGAAAGUCAUGUGAAAUCUCUUUCCCGGGCCAUCGAAAUGCUCAGUGAACUUGAGUUGCAAUCACUCCCUUCUCCCAUAACUCAGAUGAAGUCCAAAGAAUCACGGAUUUUGCUUGCUGCUGAUGUGGAGAUGCUUGAAGAUCCACAGCCACAAAUACUAUCAACUCCUUUGAGUCAACUGAAAUGUAAAGAGCCACACAUUUCAGUUUCAGCAAAUGCAGAGGAGCAUGAGAAUUGCUGUUCAUGGCUUCCAUCUCCCAUAACUCAGUUGAAGCAUGAAGAACCGCAAAUUUUGGCUAUUGUUGAUGCAGAAAAGAAUGAAGGCUGUGCAAAGUUCCAAGAUCUUUCUCGACUGUUCAAUGAUACUGCUACACCUCAUUCAAUACUUGAGAAACUAAGAAAGCGGCUAGUUAAAGAGGCACCAAAAAUUAGCAUUCAUGAUCAGAUUCAGACUCCUACAGCAACUGAAAGCUUUCUCAACUUCGAUGGAAAUCAAGAUGCUAGUGAGAAUCCUGGGCAAGGUGGCAUGCAAUUGACCAAAGGUGUCAAGAAAACAUGGGCUGACAUGGUGGAUGAGGAGGAACAACAAUUGGGUGAGGACAAGCCAUUGGCUGACAUGGUGGCCAAGGAUGAACAGCAAUUGGACGAUGACAAGCUAACAGUGGGUGUGGGCACUACUGAGCAAACUGAAAGCAGCAAACAUGCAAGUAAGCAGGAGUACAGAAUACCACUAUCCUCUCAAGGAAGCAGCACCCUCCAGAGACCAUUCGUGGGUGGUUACCAACAAGGUUCUUCAGCAAAUUCAUGGAGACACAGCGAUUCCAAAAUCUCAAGUGAUAACAGAACGAACUGGGAUCUUGUCAGGACCGCUCCAACAUGGAGCAAGCAUAAGGUACAAGAUCACCGCGCUCGAGUUUGCCAAAGGCCUAACACAGCUUAUCUGAACGAGAACACCUCAGGCAACAAACAAGCACCGUGGAGGAGUAGUGCAUCUCAGCGCGCACUGUUUGGUGAUAAUGAGCACUCUCAGGAUUCUGCUUGUACUGAGGCCUCUCAUCGCUGGCAUAAUAACAUGGCAGGUACUGUGUCAUGGAGGCCACAGAACCGUCUGCGGGUCUUCCAGGAAAUCACAAAUGAGAUCACCCAAAAUGUUGUGUAACUACGUCCAGUGUUGCUCGCUGUUGAUGGAAGUUCUUCUUUCCAUAAGCUGAUAAGCAUGUUGUUCGAACUACAGUGGAUAGUGAAAUGGUUCUUUAUUUUUUUUCCUUUUUGAGAUUCAGAUCUAGAGAAUACUCUCGAAAUAUCAUCACAGCCCAUCAUUCGUACUCCUAGCUAGUCGACGAAUCAUACCGCGAUCAUCAUAGCUGUAUAUAUUUUCCUUGGAACUAUUGUGCAAAAGCAUCUGUAAAAACUGGUGGCCUGGUUACCAAUUUCUCACAGUAGCCACUGUUUUGUCUCA